UAUUCCUUUAUCCGCAACUAUUCAAUUUUUCAAUUUUAAAUUUUCAAUUUUAAAAUUUGAAAUUUCUCUCUCUCUUUUCUAUUCAUCACUCUCUUUUACUCUAGAGAUCUUCACUUCACAAAACCCUAAUUCACCAAAAUUCAACUUUUCUCUCUCCCUCUUCCCCCAAAUUCAAUCCCAACACCUUCAUGUAUGGAUGACGAAUGCAAUUCACUUGAAAAAUCGAUUCUGACCGUCCAAUCUGCUUCAAAGAUUAUGAGUGAGAAACGAGUUAACACCAAUCCGGGUGAUAAGCACGAGCCCCCUCGAAAACGAGUCAAAAUGAGAGAUCUUGAAUCCCUUGUUCAUUCCACAGAGAAGGCAAUGGGGAAAGAAAACAUUGUUCAAUCGUCGUUUGACAAUGUUGAGAUGUCACAAACCACAAAGGUGCCUAUGACAGUGGAUAUGGAUGUGUCAAAAGAAGAGCAAGAUGGAAGGAGUAUAUUGGGUAGCCCGAGGCUUUUGGAUCUUAACAAUGAAGUUUGUGGUUCCAAAUAUUCUUCUUUGUGUUCGAAUAAAAUUGGUGGUUUUGGUGAGAAGCUCGGUAAGGAUAAGGAGUUGUUGUCUGAGAAGCACGAGAAACAGGAAAGAGAGCAGCGUGGUAAUAUUAUGAACACGAAAGGAGUUAAUGUGGAUCUCAAUGCAGAAGAUGAUACUAGCUCUGUGAAUGUGGAGCGGGUGAGUUCGCAUAAAGAACAUGGUCAAUUUAAGUCAAAGGAUUUGUCUCAGAGUGAGAGCAGUACUGGACCUCCGAAGGAGAAAGAUCCAAUGAAAAUAUGGACAGAGAUGAAGCGAAAUGGUUUUAUUUCAUCUGCUCAUGGGGGUAUUCCGGUGCCGAAGAAACGCGGGAGGAAAAGUAAGAAUGAAAUUCUUGAGCAAAAAAUGGAGCUCGCCAAGAGAGAACAAAUUAAUAGGUUUACAAAAAUUGCAGCUCCAAGUGGACUACUGAAUGAUUUAAACCCUGGAAUUAUUAAUCAUGUAAGAAAUAGGAAACAGGUCCAUUCAAUUAUCGAGGCUCUUGUAACUGAAAAACAUGAAAACAGGAGCAAGCAAGAAGCAAAUCGAAUGAGUGGAGGUAUAGACAUGGCCAAGAGAGACCUAGAGUGUUCGAACGAAGAUGGGACCUUUCAUGGAUCUGCAGGUGGUAGACAAGCACGGAAGAGUCAAGUGACAAAGAAUGAUUCCUCGUGGAUUUUGGAGGAUAAAGGUUGUGAUCAUGACACAUACAGUGUAGAGAAAGCUGGCCUUAAAGAUUGUAUAACAAAUGCAGGUCAUGUCACAGAAGAUGAUAUUUUAUCGCUAAAAUUGUCAUCUUCAAUGAAGGCAUCAGUGAGUUCCACCAGUUUGUCGAAUGAAGAAUCAUCAAAUGUUACUGCAGUUUCAUCACUUUCUCUAAAAGCUGCUACUGUUGCUUCUCAAUGGUUGGAGCUUCUGCAUCAAGACAUCAAAGGGCGUCUUUCGACUCUGCGUCGCAGUCGGAGGAGAGUUCGAUCUGUAAUCACUACUGAGUUGCCUUUCCUUAUGUCGAAGGAAUUUGCAGAUAACCAAAGUUAUGAUCCUUGUGGUAUGAACAUUCCGGCAGGAGUCCCCACUAGUAAAAUAGCAGAGUUGCAUCAGGCAAGAUGGACUGCUUUGUUUGAUCAUAUGGAUGAAGCACUUUCAGAAGAGGAAAAACAACUUGAAAGUUGGUUGAAUCAAAUAAAAGACAAGCAAUUGCUAUGUGAUCAGGGCCUGCAACAUGUAAACUGGAGCAAGGCUUGUAGUUUACAACAGUCGGCAACUUCAGAAAAUCACUCCAGAUCAUCACAAGUAGACAACUCGGAGAAAGAGUUAGCUGUUAAUGCAGCAGCAGCUUCCAUAUACUCAACAUGCAAUUUUCUUCUGUCAGAGUUAAGUUGCAUUUGACAUUGAGUCUAACGAUGUUGUUGUUGUUGUUGUUGUUAUUGUUGUCAAUUGCUGAUCGCGGAAAAUAACAGUUUGUUCACAUUUUGCAAUGCUACAACGCUAUAGCGCUUUUAUAGCCACUAUUUGGAAGCAAUUUGUACUAAAUAGUGUAUUGCAGAACAAUGAUGAUUUGUUUAGAUUCUGCAUUGCUAUAGCGCGAUAAUGCCUGCUAUAGCCGCUAUUUUACAACACUAGUCAUAUGUUCACCUGAUUAUGUUGGAUGUCUUUUUUUAUUUUCUUUUCUCAAUGAGUUGAGAUUGCUUUAGCAAUUGCCAUUGGUAUGUAAAACAAGUUUUGAUACUUGUUGUGGUUGUAAUUCUAGAGGUCGAAUUAGUUUAUU